GGGGCAACGAAGAACUAAAUGAGAAUAAGACGCAGGGAACAGAGUCCGGGCCGCCAGACGCAUGCGGAUGAAAAUACAGUGAGAUGAGUCAGAAAAUGGCCAAGGAGGGCCCCAGGCUCUCCAAGAAUCAGAAGUUCUCCGAGCACUUCAGCAUCCACUGUUGCCCACCCUUCACCUUCCUCAACUCCAAGCGCGAGAUCGUGGACCGCAAGUACAGCAUCUGCAAGAGCGGCUGCUUCUACCAGAAGAAGGAGGAGGAUUGGAUCUGCUGUGCUUGUCAGAAGAGCAGAUUGAAAAGGAGGAGCAGGUCAACCCCAAGAAAAAAGUGACCGAGAAGGGAUUUCCUGUGAAUGGACGGCCUCCGCCUGUGGACUUACUACUUCGCAAGCCAUCUGCCCUCAGACAAACUAUCUGGUCUCAAGGAUGAAGCAGGGUCAGACGCCUGCUGAUGUGACAGCUACAGAUGCCCUCAGUCCUCACGGUGUGGGAGCCUCAGGGCAGCCUGCCUGGAGGUGAGGGGCGCCCUUUGUACCAUAGUCGCUGAGACCUGAGAGGACCCUUGGGCUCCAGAGCUCAGGAGGGGGGUCUUUUGGUCUCAUCCGCAGCCCUUUGCUCUCUGGCAGGUGCGCGACGCCUCCAGGGUCAUUGGCAAAGGUCUGCAGAGCUAAUCCACACAUACUCCUCCGUCUCUUUAUUCCGCUGUAUUUCUGUAUCCUUCAACCUUUCCCUUCCUAACUCUCUGUCCGGCUCCUCCUGUUCCUAUGCCAUGUGCUUUCUGU